ACACCGGGCCCGGGGACAGUGAGAGCAGCUCAGCCAGGGCCCAGCGCUCCAGCCGCCCACCACCCGGAGCUACCCGGGAAACAACAACAACAGCUUUUAUGUGGCGAUCAUAAAAAUGAGGCUUAGGACGCGGAAGGGGUCUCCGCGCAGCAGUCACGGGCCUGCCGGGCGUACUGCACGUACUAAGAGGAAGCACUCUGAGGAGGAAGAGGAGGAGGAGAGCUCUCCUCUGGUAGAAAAGCUGUCUAAACCAGACACAGGUUUACUGUCUACCAUAAAAAAUUUCAUCAAAGGCAGCACAACUAAGGAAGAUCGGGAGAACCCCCCAAAGAGGAGCAGGGUGGAGCGUGACCUCGAUAACAACCUCAUCACCUCAACUCCACGUACUGCUGAAAAACCGAGCAAGCCCAUUGCACGUGUCCGACGGAAAAGUCAAGUCAAUGGAGAAGCCACAAGUUAUGAGGUGACUGCUCAACACAUGAAACAAAAUGGAAAGCUGGAGGAUGGAACUGGACCAACCAGCCCACCCAGGACCACACUGCUGGGAACCAUUUUCUCUCCUGUCUUCAACUUCUUUUCACCAGCAAAUAAAAAUGGCACAUCCGGAUCGGACUCUCCAGGACAAGCAGUGGAAGCUGAAGAGAUAGUGAAACAGCUGGAAAUGGAGCAAGUGGAUGAAAUCAGCACCAGCACCGCCACCUCCACAAAUGGAGCAUCCUACCCUAAUCAGGGGACACCUGUCCGAACAGUGGCCAAUAGCUGGCUCGAGGCCACGGAGGACACCCCAGAGAGAGACAUCCCAACUCUCACAGCCCCAGUGUCCCCAGACAGUGGAUAUUCCUCUGCUCAUGCUGAAGCAGCGUAUGAAGAAGACUGGGAGGUGUUUGACCCGUACUAUUUCAUCAAACAUGUUCCACCUCUGACUGAAGAGCAACUAAACCGAAAACCUGCUCUCCCUCUGAAAACAAGGAGUACACCUGAGUUCUCCCUUGUCCUGGACUUGGAUGAAACAUUGGUGCACUGCAGCCUCAAUGAGCUGGAAGAUGCUGCACUUACAUUUCCUGUGCUUUUCCAAGAUGUCAUUUACCAGGUUUAUGUGCGGUUACGACCUUUUUUCCGUGAGUUCUUAGAACGUAUGUCUCAGAUAUAUGAGAUAAUUCUAUUUACGGCAUCAAAAAAAGUAUAUGCAGACAAAUUACUGAAUAUACUGGAUCCCAAAAAACGGCUGGUCAGACACAGGCUGUUCCGGGAGCACUGUGUGUGUGUUCAAGGGAAUUAUAUUAAGGAUCUGAACAUCCUGGGGAGGGAUCUUUCUAAAACAAUCAUCAUUGAUAACUCACCACAAGCCUUUGCAUACCAACUUUCAAACGGGAUUCCCAUUGAGAGUUGGUUUAUGGAUAAAAAUGACAAGGAGCUGCUGAAGCUUGUCCCUUUCCUGGAGAAGCUUGUAGAACUGAAUGAGGAUGUGCGGCCUCACAUCAGAGACAGAUUUCGCUUGCACGACUGUUUACCACCAGAUUAGAAGGGACAGCCGUCACCUGCAGGACCCCCUGACUAAUGGGGACAGCUUUCAAAUGCCUGCAGGGAGCAAAGCUGCACAACCACAGGACUGAAGCAUACAUGUACACAAGCAUUUGCCAUAACUGCUAAAGGCAUUUCUUUACUUCGCUGUCUGAAAAAAAAUAUAUAUAUGGAAAAAAAGGAACGGUUUCACCGCAACAUGUUGUGUCUGGUGUGGUGGCACAUCAUUAGGCAGCUUGGCCUCCUCCCGAGAGAAACUCUGCUGCCUAUGAGCUGCAGGUGACUUACUGUCUGAGUAGCCUGUCCGUGUCGGCAGUAACGGCUAGUGAGAGUUUUUCUCAAGUUUCGGAUUUAAACCUCCUACACGUUGAUCCUUAUUGGUGUAGAGUAUACAUUAUCCAUUCCUUGUAUUUCAGUCGCUUCAAUCUGUUCUAGUAGCCAAAUUUUACUUUUAUUUUGUAUGAUAUAUUUGGCUGGUCCUUUCUACUGCUUGCAUACUGUGUUUUCUGUUUUAGUUUUACUUUUUUUUUUUUUUUUUUUUAGAAUUCUUAAAGUUCAAUCCAUGUAAACUCCAUUUAGAAAUACACAUAUAUCUUUUAUAUCUUAUCGGUAAUAAUCCACUCUAGUAAUUUUCUUUUUCUUUUUUUUCCCUUCAAAAGACAUAAAGCUAUUACAAGGCAGUAAUGAGCAUGGGAAUAUGGAGGCAUGUAUAUAAAGUGUGGUUCCUGCGUGUAGUACUGUACAGAGGGGUGGAAUAUAUAUGUCAAUUAUGAUUUCAUUCUUCCCUUUCUGCCUUUCAGUACAUGCAAAACCACACACACGAACAUAUAUAUAUAUUUACGUGCGCACAUGUACACAAACAGCCUCCCUUUCCCUUACCUAUCCAUCCACAGCUCUGGUACUGAUGCAGCUAAUUUGAAUGGUGGGUAUUUUUGUAUGAGGUGCUCUUCUGUUCCUGCAGGGAGGGAGAUAGUGCAGGAGGAGUGCGUGCAGGGUCGCUUGCUCAUUCUGGUGAGUGUACUAUGUAAAUGUUUCAGCAGUGCACUCACUGCAUUUAAACAGAGGAGAUGGCACUUUUUUUUUUUUUGUCCCCCCUUUUCUAAAGAGGUUUGUAUUUUGUAAGCUUGUUCAGAGAGUACAGUAUUGGAAAUUAAAGCUCUACAGAGGAGGCUGUUCAUCCUUUUGUUUCUAUGUAUAUUACCUGUUUAACUGUAUGCCAUUUAUUGUAUAAAUUUACACACGGAUUCAUUUUCAAGUCACUCCUUAAAGUAAGGAGUGUUUUUUUUAGUAAGUUUUUAGGAAAACAUUUAAUUUUUGUAUUUUUUGAUUUUAAAGAAAAAGCAUGAGUUCUGUCAUAUUUUCAGUGUAUUAAUGAAGAUUUUAACCUUUUCUCCGGGUGGCUGUUUUGUUUCUCUCCAUACUAUCUGUGUGUGUUCUUGGUGCAAUGUUAUUCAAACCGUUGGCACAGCUGGCUUCCGACCAACAAGCGAGCAUUCUGUUCUGUGAGAAGGUUCCUUUUGCCAGUGUGGACAAUGUAAAGGAUUUAGUGCCGCACAACCUAUUCCGUUCAUUUAUUUUAUUGAGCGACCCAAUAAAAUAAAUGUACGACAGCUGUGUGCUUUAUGGGUGGAGUUCAGGUGGGACUCUUCAUUAUCGCACACAUAUUGGUGACUGCUGACAGUGGAAAUGGUGCUGUAUUUAUGUUUUGUGAAAGGCAAUGGUAUGAUUGAGGACAGAUUUUACAUUUUUGUUUUCAGUUUAUUCUUAAUGCACACUUUUGUAAAUGAACACAAGGUAAUACACAACAGUUGUGCUUGGCCACCGUCAAACUGUUUGGUUUAUGGAAAUAAAGUGUAUAAAAUGUG